AUAAUGAGCUUCACUCAAGCUAAAUAAAUUUUUUAUGCGCUCUGGCAGCUCGUGCAGAAACAGCUGAGCAGUCAUUGUAGUGAAUUUUUCGUGGUUAACAAAAAAGUUCCGGAGCACGCAUUUUGCGGCAAUUUUUGCAAAUUAACUUGGUUUUAAAUGCAUUUACAAGCACAAGAUUGCAUAAAAAAGAAACAUAUAAGAAUUCGAAUCGAGUUGAAAUCUUGAAUACACUAAAGCGCUACAAAAUGUCUCGCGUAGUACGCCGCAAACAUGUGCUCAAGGAAAUGAUGGAGGAUGAUUUCGAAUUGCCCACCGAAAAACAACAAAUUGUGCGGGUGGUCAGUAGUCGUGGCAAUAAUCUGCAUGAAGUGGAAACACCCGAAGCAAAUGCGGAAAAUUUCCUAGCAUCUAUGCCGAAUAAGUUUCGUAAAAAUGUUUGGGUUAAACGUGGUGAUUAUGUGCUUGUGGAACCCAUCGAAGAGGGUGACAAAGUGAAGGCAGAAAUUUGUAAAAUCCUCACACCAGAGCACAUAAAGGAAUACACUAAAUCAGGUGUAUGGCCAAAAGCGUUUGGCAAAAAACGUGAACAUGACCAAGUAGCAAUGAAUAGCGACGAAGACACGGACGGUGAUGACUUGUUAAUGAGAAAUCCCAAUAGGCCGGCGCGAACACAGGAAGAUAGUGAUAGCGAUGCAGAGGAUGAUGAAGAGGAGACCUCAAGUGAUGACGAUUAAGAAUGUCUUGCAGUGUUAUGUAUGAUAAUUACUAUGCUACUGCAACCUUUCCACUUCUACCAACAACAAAUGUGUACGUUAUUAUGCUAUCAACUAAUUUGCGUUAUUUUUGCAACUGCGUAUGUAUAUUAUAAACUAUUUAGUGCAAAUUAUUUCAGUAAUGUUAAUUGAAUAGAUUGCUAGGUUUCAAUAAAUAGGAGCGAAACGCAACUUUUUCUGCAUUGUUUUUUUUCCAAAUUUUGCUUUUAUUUGCAUUUUUAUUCAAACUCUGCAAUGCUUAAGAUGCAAAUGUUACUUAAAGUGUAAAAAUCAGUAAAAAGUGCAAAAGCUCGAAAUUUACAUUUUUUUAUUUUCAUUUUUUGUAGUUUUAUUUUCGUAAGCAUAGCACUAACUUUUUUGUGUUUUAAUGAAUAUUUUUCGCUAAAUUGUAUGAGUGAUAGCAUUUAUUUAAUUCUUAAUUAUUAUAAAGCAUAUUCAGUGCUCCUAAGUGGACAUCGCCAUAAGCUAUUCACAAACGAGUCGUGUACCAAGAUAAAUAUUUACUACAUUUAUAAACGAAUAGUACUUUUCUUGUAAUUGAAAAGCAAUGGAAUGCAAAUGAAAAUAAAUUAUGUUGAGAACUAAGUUAAAAUUCAUAAAUUAUGUUUAUAAGUGUUAAAUUCUUAAAAAUUAUCGAAAAAUUUCAUUGUACACAUUGCCAUGUAAGCGUUGAAGCCACAAACUUUGGUAUACUUAUUCUCUUACAUCAUUUUGGUUUGAACCAAAUCGAGUUACAAACAUUGAAUUCUCGUUCAAUGCACAUACUUGGCGUUCUUUUUAAAUUUUUAAAUUAAAAAGCAAAUAAACUGAGGUUCACUGCUGCUUGCUGUCCAAUAACAGCUGAUAAGACUAGCUGGUGUUCACACGUAUCAAUCGUUCAUUUUUACAACAAAAAUUACAUAAUUCAGGAAAUUCCAAAAAAAAA